GAAGCAGGAAGUAAGAUGAAAGAAAAGAAUAGGCGAGGAAGUGACAAGGAGAGAUGAAGGUGGAAUGAGAGGAGGAAGAGGAGUGGGAGGAAGGAAGGGUCAGAACUUAUAUGUUGAUAAGAGGAGUGAGAGGAAUAGGAGAGGAGAGGAACGGGGAGGUAUGAGAGGAAGGAAGAGGAAGACUGCGUAAGGUGGGCUGUAAGAUUUGGUGAGGUGGAGGAGGAAGAGUAGAAGGUGGAGGCUGUGGUUGAGGAGGCUGAGGGCCGGGCGGGGGCAGGGGUGGGUGGUUGGUGGCUGCCGCACUAGCUGGUUGGCUGGCCGGUCUGGUCCUAAUUAGUAUUGGAGGCAUGACCACUGCCUGCCGCCGCCCAGCCCAGCCCGCGUCGCCCAGCGGAGGGAGGAGUCGCGCCGCGCCGCCACCACCGCCGCCACCACAACACCGCCACACAUUUUCGCUCACUCGCGGGUACGGCCAAGUAGCUACGUCCUGGCCGGGCUGCCCUCCGCUGCCACCACCGCCACACUGCCGCCCCCGCCCCGCGCCGCGCCGCUGGCACAAGGGCGCCGCCCCCGAACGCUCCGCGCCGCCGCUGGUGGGGCCGCCAAAGUAACGCUCAGGAACAGAACAUGACGAACACCACCGGCUUGUCCGUGGGCCUGGGGCUGGCCUGACCACCACCACCACCACCACCGGCCACCUCUGUUUAUGGACCUGCAUAGCUCCGCCAUUUAUGUAACUCACCUUAGCGGGGUCGGCACCAGCCCCCAUACAACACCCCACACCGUGCCCGGCGAUGGAAAUACAGAGCGUGGCGGGCGUGGCGUGUCUCAGGUUAGCGUGAGGUUCCCCUGUGGCGGGCUUCACCGCGUGAGUGCCGUGCAGUGCCGGGAUAUCGCGAGAUCAGGUGUUGGCGAGGCUCACCUCCGCCGUGUGCACGCAGCCAUCAGCUGGGCGACGGACGGGGCCGUGCCGGGGACAGUGGCAGUUCUGGCGUCGUCGUCCCUAUCCCUGGCGCACUAUGUCGUGAGUGUGGGGCCGCCACGAGGGGCAGGGGCAGGGGCGGCGCAGGGGGAGGCCGUGAGGAGCCGUGAGGAGCGAGGAGAGCUGAUCCCGUCACGUGGGGCCGCGUAUUGACUCACCCGCCUCCGUGACGAAUCAACAUCCAGCGGCUCCCGGGCCAAAGUGCGUCCUAGCGGCCGCGCACGCCGCUCUCACACGGACUUGUUUUGACCAGUUUUCGAGGAGUUCUUGUGUGUGUUUCUGAGUUUCUCGGCCGCCAUGUGCCCCAUCACACCUCAACACCAGUGUCUAGGUGGAAAAUAGAGGCGUUCUAAUGAGAAAAUUGACUUGUUUUGCAGGGUGAGAGUGUGCCGCUAGAACGACCUGUUAUAAAUUUCCCGUCACGUUCCUAGUCGUGCGUGUGACCGUGACACAUUCUACAGUACACUCACGCACGCGCACCUACCCGGGCCAGUUGUGUGCUUGGCGUGGGCCAGUGCGAAUAUGACAGAGGUCGUGGACAAGACGCUCAUUGAGAGGUUGAUACUAGAGCACUCUGACCGCCUCGAGUUGGAGAUCAACCAAAAAGCGCGCGCCGAUGCUUGGAAGUUCUAUUAUCGUGUUCGAGUGGACCAUGUGAUUCGGCCGUUCGCCGUGUGCAAGGUAUGUUUUCGAGUGUUACAUUGCGACUCGCGGAGCGGCACGGCCAGCCUCCUGCGACACCCCUGCAACCCCCUGUCGGAGCGCUCCCCCGUCAACCGCGCCGUCAAGCUCUCGGCCAAGCUCAACCUCCCCGUCGACACCUCGGCGGCGCUCAAGGCGGACCACCUCAAGGCCGAAACCUUCCUCGGCGACAACGCCGGCCUCAAGGAGGAGGUCCUCGCCAAGCAUGAGGCGCCCCCCGCACACAGUGAUGGCGGCAGCGCCCGCUCCUCGCCCGUGUCCCUCACCACGGUGGCCUCGCGCGCCUCGCCCACCAGCACGGGCUCGCCGCCCACCGCCGCGCAGCCCACCACCACCUCCUCCGGCAGCGCCUCCGUCGGGAGCAGAAAACGGAAGGCCAGCGCGCCGCCACCGACCUUCCCCCUAGACUUGAGGUUCCUUCAGCUGCCUCAGCUGGUGGCGGCGGCGGCGGCGCACCACCUUAACCCUCUUAACCUGACGGGGCUGUUCAGCGACCCGCAGCGCCUGCAGCACCUCCAGCAGCAGCUGCAUCAGUCACACUUGGAGCACCUGCACCGCCAGCAGCAGCACCACCAGCGCGAGCGGGAGAGGGAGGAGCAGGAGGCCAAGCGGGCGCGGGUGGAGGCUGCGGCCAGCCCCGGCAGCCCCGGCGAGGCGAGCAGCUCCUGCUGGGGGCGCGACGGCGUGAAGAAGGAGCGAGCAGACACCAGCGACGGCUCUGUGCCUGAAGACCUCCGCGGCUGGUCGUCCCCCAGCAGGUAUGGGGGGCGCGUGCGCGGCGGGCACGAGGACUUGCCGGAGGAUGGCGGCGGGAUGUCUAAGGACGUGGUGCAGCAGCUGGUGAGCUGCGGCUCCCCGCGCAUUACGCUUUCCGAGAAGGACGCCGCGGGCUCGCACUACAUCUCCGACGUGUGGUCCAGGUUCUCGGUGGUGUACGUGGACGGCGUCAUCAGGCCCUUCGCCGCCUGCAAGAACUGCCUGAAGGUGGUCACCUACACCAAGUACAGCGGCACGGGCGGCCUGCUGCGGCACCGCUGCUCCGCCAGCGACCUCAACUCCCGACACCACGACGAGGUGGGCGCCCCGACGGAGGCCGACCCGCGCCUGGGGGACUCUCCGCCGCUGUCGGUGCGCGCCCACUCCCCCGCCCCCGCCCACGCCGCCCAGUCAGGUUCGCCUAGAAGGUCUCCGCUUAGCCUCGCUCUGAGAGGCGACAGCGAUGGCCUGCGCCUCCUGCCGGACGAGCUGCCGCUGGCGCCGACGGCGGCCAUGGCCGGCGUGGCCCGGGCGCUGCUCCGCUACAUGUGCCAAGACCUGGUGGCCGCCUCCACCCUGGACUCCCCCGCCUUCCAGCGCCUGGUGUGGUCGGUGCUCAACCUCGGGGCGGCGCACGGCACCUUCCGCGAGGAGGAGCCGCUGCCCUCCGCCAAGCUGCUGCUCAGCACCUUCCUCACGCCCAUGGCCGCCGAGUCCCGAUCGCUCAUCGCCCGCACCGUGCUGGACCAACCCAACCUCUGCCUCUCCCUGCACCAGGACCGCGAGCUGCGCCUCAUCACGGGCGCCAUACACUUCAUCACGCCCAAGUUCGAGCUGCGCAGCUACGCGCUCGGCGCCCACCGCAUCUUGGACCAGGAGACGGAGGAGGAGUCCGUGACGGCGCUGCUCUCAGGCUUCUUCAGCGACGUGCUGGUGCCCGCCGCCAUGCGGGACAAGCACGUGACGGUGGUGAGCGACCAGGGCACGCCCGCCGAGCCCGGCGUGGUGGGCGUGCGCUGCGUGUGGCACGCCACGGAGGCCGUGCUGGAGGCGCUGACGGAGGAGCCUUCGUACCGCCAGAUCUGCGACGACGUGGCUUCCGUGCUGGCCUUCCUGGCGGACUCCGGCGUGGCCAGCGUGGCGGGCUGUGGCCUGCAGCCCCACGAGGUGCGGCGCUGGGACGCCCUGCUGCACGCCCUCACCUUCAUCACGGCGCACCACGACGAGCUCUGCGUCGUCAUGGCGGGCUGCGAGGCCGGCGCGCAGCUGCUGGGAGAGCGACUCAACUACCAGGAGGUGGCCGAGCUGCUGACGGGGGUGCGGCGCUGCCUCCUGACGGUGCGCGACCCGCUGCGGCCCACGCUCAACCAGGCGGUGCUGUGCCGCGCCAAGCUGCUGCAACUGUGCGCCUCCCCCGCCAGCUCCAAGCCCCUGCGGCAGCUCAAGCAACACCUCGUCACCAGCUUCACCGAGGCCCUCGCCCUCACGCCGCUGCACCACGUGGCCAGCUUCCUCGACCCGCGCUUCAAGAGUCUCAAGGUGUUGUCGGAGACGGAGAAAGGCGAGGUCCACCGCCACGUGUUGGAGAUGAUGAAAAAUGUGGCGGUGACGGAGGCCAACAGCGGCGUUCUCAACCUCAAGACACACAACAGACACUCCAACAACCACACACACAACCACAAGCCCACCACCAACACCACCACUAACGGCACCACCACCACCACAAACACCACCUCCACCACCUCCUCCAACACCAACACCAGUGAGGCCUCCACGGAUGCCACCACCACCUCCUCCUCAACCUCCUCCACUACCACCACCAGCACCACCACCACCACCGCCAGUCCUGAGGGCCAUCCGUUCAGAGAGUACAUGGACAACCCCGCCCCAGACACCUCCGUUUCUGAUAGUGAGGAGAUUAUGGCCUACGUGAAUAUGAAGGUACACCUUGAAGACGAUGACAUCCUGGGGUGGUGGGCGGGCACGUCAGCGUCGGGCCUCUCCACCCUCCGCCUGCUGGCCCGCAAGAUCCUCUCCGUGCCCGCCACCUGUGCCUACGCCCACGACGUCUGCGUCCACGCCCGCCAGGCCCGCCAGACCAUGGGCCUCGCCGACGAGUCUCACCUCAAUAACGUUCUCCACAUGAAGUACAACAUGAAUUAGAGAGAGAGAGGGAGAGUCUGUGAGAGCGAGUGAGAGAGAGAGAGAGAAAGGGAGGGUUUUUGAGUGAGAGAGGGAGAGAGAUUUUGUCCGUUCCUUCCUUCAUCAUCUUCUUGUUCCUUGUUAUCUGUUUCUUUCUUACUCUCCUUGUCCUCCUCCUCCUCCUCCUACUCCUACUUUUCCGCCAUGUCCUUUUAAUCUGCAUCCUCAUUCUCAUUUUCCUCCUCCUCUUCUCUUUCUCAUUAUUGUCCUCUCCUCCUCCUCCUCCUCCUCCUCCUCCCUCUAUAGAUUAUAUUUUCUAUCCGGUUGGCCAAAUGGAUGUGUGUGUGCAUGUGUACAUGUGUGUUUAAGGGCAAGGAAGGAAGAAGUGUUUUGGUGUGUGUACGUAUGUGUGUUUUCGGAUUCUUUAUGUUUUUCCAAUCUCUCGUGUCUUGUCUCGUCUCUUCUGAUGGGUAAAAAAAUGUGGUCUGCGCCUGAGAAGAUACUAUGGGCCUACGUGCUUGUAUAAGGAUGUGCUAUGGUGUGUGUGUGUGUGUGUGUGUGUGUGUGUGUGUGUGUGUGUGUGUGUGUGUGUGUGUGUGUGUGUGUGGUUGUUUGGUGGUGGGACUUGCAACUGAGGAGAAAAGUCAGAUAAGGACAUAAAACAGAUGAUUUUUAACCCGGUAGCUGCGGGGAUCAUGUUUCUUAAAUGCCCCUCUAAGGAAGAUAAAUGACAAAAAAUCAUCACUCACGCAAACCAUUUCAUAAUAUAUAUCAACGUAUUUGUGAACAGUUUAUGCAUCAUCUGCUUUUUUUAUUUUUUUUAUCAGGGCAAAAAUUUGGCCCUUCGCUGGUACAUGGUAAAGCCACAAAUUUGGCCCAUCGCUGCUACCGAGUUAAAGAGGUCGGUAAAUCUUCACAUGGCAGCUUCUCGUGGAUCUAAGACCUGGUGGCAGCUCCUGUAAACCUAAGACCAUUCAUUCUCCCUAUUCAUGAACUUAUCUGGAAUGUAUGAGUUAUGAAAAGACUUAAUGUACAAUUCACAACUCUUCAGGACAAAGAAACAAAAACAAAUACUUCAAAAAAAAGAAUAUGGCUAACUUAGUAAUCCUUCACUCAAUAUUCUUUUUAUCAUGAAUGCAAUUGAAUCCUUACAUACAUACAAAGCUUAAGUAUGUAUAUUAUUCACUACACAACACAAUCAUCUAAGCCUGAAAUCAGUCACACAUUCAAAUAUUAAACAAAGAAAAGUAGAGAAAGUUAUAAAAGUUAUCCUCCUCAGUUGCAGGUUGCCAACAUAAGCUCACAAGAAAGAGGCCAAAACAUACCUUAACUUACCUGCCAAGCAAACAAACAACUGUGAAACUAAAUUGUGUGAGAGAGAGAAGAGAGAGAGAGAAGAGAGAGAGAGAGAGAGAGAGAGAGAGAGAGAGAGAGAGAUACAGAGAGUGGAUAUACAUGCGUGCAAAACGAAGAUGUACGAUGCUAUGAACUUUGAUAAUGACGAUGAUGGUUAUUAAUUUUGUUGGUACAAGACGCGGUUCUUUUUGUUGUUGUAUUCUCUUAACACGACUCAGUGCUCAAUGAUGCUAGAGUAAGACAAACGGAGAGAGAGAGAGAUAACGGUACUGAAAGGUUGUGUUCAGGUUGUUUGCUUUGUUGUGACUUGCGUUUUUCUCUGUUUUCAGCCGUUCAGAGGAAACUGUUAAAUUGUGUUACGUCUUCUUCAUCUAUCUUCCUGCUUUUUUCAUCAUUUAUUUAUCUUUGCAGUGUGAUGUUUGUUUAUUCAAUGUGAUCAGUAUGAGUUUUUUUUUCAUAUAUUUCAUUGUUUUUAUCACUGAAACUUUCCGAUGCUCGCCUUCACGUUCGUAGGUUGUGAAACACGUACUAUUCCUCCGAGUGUGUGUGUGUGUGUGUGUGUGUGUGUGUGUGUGUGUGUGCCAGGUGUACACAACUCACCUGUCCAAAGCUUCACCUGUUGAGAGUAGUGUUACAUAAAGGUAAUAACUUGUACGAUGCUUCCAGUUCAACCAGUCACAUAUAGACCCAGUUCCACAGCUCGAUACAGUGGGGUUUGCAAGCUUGAAAUCCAAAUGCUAAAGAUGACGGAAGUUCCUUGUGUGCAGUGUUUGGUGCCGAUAUAGACACGACAGAAUUAUGACCAAAUUUAUACAGGAAGUCUUUUUAGUAGCUCAUGCCAAGAAGAAAACUGAACCAUUAUGGAGAAUAUACUUUGGUUUUGGGGUUUUAAAUGACACUAUUGGAUUUAGAAGAGGUGUGGAGAUAGAGGUAGAAUGGAUGAGACCAGCUGGAAGACUAAAGAAGACUUGGAGACGGUGUGUGGAAGAUGAACACCAGUAUCUAGUGAACUUUUUUUACUGUUGUUUUUAUUUUUUGCCCUUGAGUUGCCUCCCUUGCUGAAAAAUGAUAAAAUAAAUACACAGGGAGGAGAGAAUGUAUGAUUGUCAAGAGCAGGAAAGACUCAUAGCCCAUUCAACCCUAUAAAGGAAAAUCAGGAUGUUAAACGAAAAGAGAAAGAAGAGGAGAGGCUUACAAGAGCACUGUAUUGGACUGUGGAUCUGGGCCCAAAGACUCACUCAAUAAUCACAUGUUUCGUAUCGCUAAGAGUAGUUUGAGAUCGUUGUUUAGCUCUUGCGUAGAAGACAAACACUAAAGUUACUAAAAGUUCACUCAAAGUUCAAAUACUGCAAACAAGUGUCAAACUGUUUAGAGAGAGAGAGAGAGAGAGUGAGAGUGAGACUAGACAUUCAUGCGUAGAAAGAAUAUAAAAAAAAUGACAUCCUUUUUUUAUUUGUUAACUUAAAAAUCGUGUUCCAAAAGCAGUUUACCGUAGACACCUUGACUUGCAGGUUAAUUAGUGAAAGGUGAACAGGAAGUCAUAGGAUGGAAUCGGUAGUUUUUUCUCUCUUUUUUCCUUUUUCCGAUGUAGAUUUAAAAAAAAAAAUGACUUAUUAUCGAGGGAUACUGAAGAAAACAAAGGUAAAAAAUAUUUAGAUUGGAUUAUAUAGUUUCUCUUUUUAUACUUACCAAUGUAACACCCAGAUUAUUAUUAUUAUUAUUAUCUUUAUUAUUGUUGAUGAUUGUGAAUGUCUCAGGCUAACAAAACGGAAAGAAAGGAAGGAGGGAAGGAAGGGAGGAUGAGUGGGAGGAAAGGAGACAAAAUAUAAAGGAGUAUAGGCUGUAGACAUAGACAACUAGCACUGUAAAUAACACAACAAUUAGUGAAGAUUUAUUAGAGAACUCCCCAACAAAGCUCAAUAGACAUUUGUUUGGUUCUGUCCAGCGGUAGAUAGACAGACAGACGAUAGGACAGACAAACAGACGGACAAAUAUAGAAAUGCAUCAUCCACAUUGGCUCAGAACGGAUCAAACCUAAAUAAGUCUACCAUAGUUUAAUGAAUUGAUACACGUUUUAUUUUAUUAUCUAUGUUGCUCAAUUCUUAAAGGCGGUGAGAGGGAAUAUGAAGAGAAACGCAUAGUAGACUAGAGAGAAAGAGAGAGAGAGUGGGGUUGAGAUAGAUAUAGAGAGAGAGAUAGAGAGAGGAGGUUGUGCCAAAGACUUCACUGUAUGCUCAAUUUGUUUGCGAUAGAGAGAGAAACAAAGACAAUAUUUCACUGUUAUGCCCGACACAGAGAUAUGGUUACAAACUGAUGGUUGUUAAAGGUUGUGGGGAAAGGGAGGAGAGUAAGAUAGAGAAAGAAAGGAAAAAUAAUGUAGUAAAGAUAUUAAGUUAGUAGGUUGUGGGGAAAGGAAGUAAAGUAAGGUAGAUAAAGAAAGAAGUAAAGAAUUGCAGUAAGAUUUUAAGUUAGUAGGUUGUAGAGGAAAGGAAGAGAGGUAAGAUAGAAAAAGAAAGAGAGGAGAAAUAAGAUAAUGAAGUAAGGUUUUAUGUUAGUAGUUUUCCAUCGCCACAUGUGAGAGAGAGUGAGAGAGAGAAUGAAAAAUAGUUAUAAUCUGUUCUUCCUUGCAGUAAACUUAUACCUCUUCAUAGUGGUUGUUGUUGCUGUUGUUUUUAUCAUUAUUAUUAUUAUUAUUAUUACUAUUAGUGUUGUGUAAUGUGGAGAAAGCAACACCUCAUCCAUUUUUUUCAUUAUUAUUAUUAUUAUUAUUAUUACUAUUGUUAUUAUGGUUGUUUGCUUCCAUGUGUCGGCAGCCUUGUUGUGAUUUAGAAGUAUGUAUUUGGUUUCUUCCCCGUGAGUUCCGUUCUUCCACAGCCGUGCGAGAUGUUUUUCUAUUCCGUAGUUUAGCAGAAGAAGAAAUAUUAGUCUUGUAAAGCGAUGUUGUAUCCCGCGACAGACAAACAAACAAGCGUGUGACAAACGUGCCAAACUUCGAGAAACACACACAAAAAAUGACCCUUUUUACGUGUUUUCUGAAGAUGAACUCUUUUUAUUUCUUCCAUUUCCAACUGAGAUAUUUAGGUAACAAAAAAAUAAAUAUAAAAACAUUAACUACCACUACUACUACUACUACUACUACUAUUACCAUUCUUUCUAUGCACAUACUACUAUUACAUGUUAACUAAGAGGUUGUAUACAAGACUGUGUUGUGUCAUCAUCUUCCAUUGCCAUAUUUUAGGUGACUUUGCCAAACUGGAGUGUUAGUUUAGGUGACCCAGGUGACAGGUCUUGAAGGGAGAGGGACAGACAGGUAGUUGUGGCGAAGAGGACAACGGCAGCGACAGAAAAGUAACAAUAAUGACACAAUUUAGUAACAACGCAAGCCCUUAAAAAUGUCUUAUACUCCCAUAGAUUUGCCCAGAAACCAUUUUUAAGCAAGUAAUUUUCACAAAUCCAUAUUUUUCUAACAAGGUACAAAUGAUGGACAAUGCCUAACAUAACCUAGUGAGAAAUAUAGUAGCUAAGCCUUAUUCAUUUGUGUGUCAUAGAAAAAGAGGCAUUUUUUUCACAUUCAUUAAUUUCUUUAUAUUUUGAAUGCUGCUGUUGCUUCUUCGCUGCCGCCAUCAUCUUCGCUGUCUGGUUUCCGAGUGUGUGUGAUGUAAAAAGGUUCGUGAGUGGACUGGAUUGGCUAUUUCCAUUGGGAGCCUUAGACUUAGGGCAGCCAUAGUAUUGUAAAACCAGUGCAUCAUAUUGAGUUACUCGCCUCGGGAGGAAGAGAACGAACCACCAGGCAGGAAACCACUAGCUGAUGCCCGGUAUUCACUCUGUGCUGUGUGAACCGAGGCUCAAGUAGAAGGCUUCCUGGACUUCCCUGACUGGCUGAUGAGUAUGGGUUGUUCAGUCUGGUCAUCCUAAGUCAAGAGUCCUGUGGAAAUGGCCAGCUUACGUUUAGAGGUCAGGGCGUGUAUGUCAGGCUUGAUGUCUACCUACCUACAUGAGAACAGGUGUAUUGAUGUGUACAUACAGAAAGAGGUGUCGUGUCUGAGUGAAAUUUGGAGGGAGGUGUUAUUUUGCUGUUUUUGUUGCAGUAAAGUAUUGGAAUUUAGUUGUGAUUCUCUGAUUAUCAUUGUGGACAUCACUUGGCUGUAUGUACAAUGUUCUAGGAUUCAUGUUUUUUAUUUAUCUCCCCAAAUGUCAAAGACUUGUAAUUACGUUUGUUUUAGGUAACUUCCAUUAUUUGUUCUUUGCAAUGCCCGAAUCACUCAGAUGCAGUCCUUGAUUAUUGCUAUGCCAACCCUCUCAGGAGUAACGUGGAAAGAGAAAUAUUUGUCCUGUGAAAUACAAAAUCUUAUCACAUGAAGGAAAACUUUCGGCCAACAAACAAAGUAGUGAUGCCAAAGGGAAGCAAAAUCAAGUAUAAAGGAAAGUUAUAAUGUCAGUAUUUUGAGAAACUCUGUAUAAACUUUCAAUAUGCAAAUAGAGGAAAAUGUCUGUAGAUGCCAUAAGAGUUAAGGAAGGAAGGAGGGAAGAAGGAGAAAUGUUUUGUGUGUGUGUAUCUGUGUAUAGUAGCAAGGAUCGUCAUGUGGAGAAAUAGGGAACAAAAUUGUAUAAUGGUUUACGUAGCAGUUUUUUGGCAUCUUUGUAUGUGUUGUUGUCAUUGGUUGUUCUCUCAAUUUCCUCUUUGUAUUCCAGUUAAUUAUUAUUGCUUUUAUCUGGUGUGCGAAGGACGAAGAGCUGUUUGUUACCUGUCCGUCACUCACCUCAAGCCAUGUUCACAGAAGAUGACUGAGAAAGAAAAGCUUGUUGUGUCCUCAAAAUCUUGUCAUGAGAGAGAAGAAACGAACCAGAUAAAAAGUCUUUAAAAUCUAAACAUCAAAAUUAAAACUUCUGGGAAAAUAGAGAAAGAAAUUGAAAUUGUUCGUGAAAGAUUAAAUGGAAGAGGAAAUUUGUGUUAUCAUUUGUUUUGUCUUUGUUAACACAGAAUCAGUGACAAUAACCUACUUUCAGCUCAAGUCAGGGUGAGGAAAGUCUAAUAAUAAUAAAUAAAGUAACCAAGAAAUUUUUUGUUACUUAAGAAAAUGUAAUAAUGAACUGCUUUAAUUCCAUCAGUACAUUUGUAAUAAUAAUGUAAAAUUUGUAUAGUUUCCAAUUUCUUUUCUGCUGUGAUGUGGAUUGACUCGUUCAUAAGAAGAGGACAAUUUAGGUGUGAAGAAGGUGCAAGAAAUGUGACAAAGAGCAAAGACAAGGGAAGGUGUGCUGUGGUCCUUGACUCAUGAUGGGCCGAGAAAACAAUAACUAGGUACUACUUGUAUAGGUGUGUGUUGACCUGGCGGGUUGUCUACCUGCACCAUGGGGGCUGGACUCUAAAGCCCAUAUUCUUCAACUUAUCGGCACCUCACAUCGCCUGUUUGAAAAGCCUCUCACAGAAGUUACUGGUAUUUUCAUGGACUGUUUUGUCAUGCUAGUGAUAGUUUUACACAACCUCUGCAUCAUGUACUGGAAAAUCGCCCAUGAAAACCUGGUUAAUCUUCUCUGUCGCCUUAGGAAAUAGUCGUAAUGGGAGCACGAUACGUUUAAGAAUAUGGACGUAAGGUUUAAUUCAUUCAAUCCUCUUUCCGAAGGAGUAAUCGUAAUAUAUCUUAAGUUAUGUGUAUCAUCCCUUGACCAUUCCAGGCAGGCGCCGCGGGAGGUGUGGCGUGUUAGUGCAUAAUGUGUGUGUGUAAAUACGUAUAUGUGUAUUCGUCUUGUUAUUUACUCUUGUUAUCACCAUUAUUUUGUGUGUAUUUUCUUCCGCUGUCUUUGUUUCCCGCUGCCCCGAGGAUCAGCUGGGAGAGUUGGAAGCCAGGAAGGAAUAAAAGAUAAUGAUAAUACAAAGCAAAAGACUAACCGAGGUUGUGACACGGAAAGGAAGGAAAGAAAAGAAACAAAGGGAAAAUGAAGCCAGAAAGGAGAGUUAAAAAGAAUAACAAUGACUCACUUAAGUUAUACAAGAUUUUAAAGAAGUAACAACUAAAUGAAGGGAGAGAGAUUUUGAUGCUAAGAAGGAAACUAAAAAAGCCUAGAUUCUGUCAUAAGCUGAUUGAGGAAGAGUUUGAUGUUGGGAAGUUAAGUAAAAAGGAAUAUAAAAUGAAUGAUAACUCCCAUAGGUUGUGUUAUAAUUUAGUUUGAUGCUGAAAAGGAGAGGAAAAGGCUUCGAGGAAGGAGAUUUGGAUGCUGCGAAGAAAAGUCAAAGGCAUAUAGAGUUGAUGGUAUCUCACCUUGGUUGUGUCGUAGACUAAUACAAUGUUCGUUUCUUGGUCUUCACACCCUUGUAUCGUCAGGUUUAGGAGUGGACCUGCUCCAUGUUACUUGCGUGUUCUAAAAGCCACGAAAUGAACCUGAAGUAAACCGAUGAUGCAUGAUAAAUAAACACAAACCAACAAACAAACAAACUAACAGACAAGUACAGUGCUCAAGUAUAUAGGAAGGUUUUAAUUCUUUCUACUUAUUAUUGUUAUUCUGUACUUCUUUUUUUUUGUUUAUUUCUCAAGAUUAUGUUGUAUAUUGUGGGUGCAGGUUGUGUUGUGAGGUUAAGAACAGAAAGAGGAGGAGGAGGAGGAGGAGAAGGUGAAGAAGAAGGAGGUGGACUAAUUAACCUCAAAUAACACACUAAGACUCGUUUUGACAAGAGUAUAAUGUCUCAAUUUGCUCAUAUAUGGGGUUGUAGUAUAUAUAUUUUAUUUCUUUGUUUUUUUCCCACCUUUUUGUAUUCGUUUCUGUUUCUGUUGUAAGUGUCUUUGGGUUUAUAAUGUACAAUGUUUUUAUUUUUAUUUUUUUUUGUUCCAUUCAUUAUCUCUCACAUUUGUUCCAUAUGAAGAUUGAUAGGUUGUAGUCUGUUUUUAUCUAUUUCAUGUGUAUAUUUUUUCCUCUCCCUACCUCCCUCAUACAUUUCUUUCCUUGUUUAUUUUUCGUUUUCUUUGUAAUCCAUCAUUUAUCAUUAACUUAUGAACCUAUAAAUAUAAAUACAGGAUGUGGUUAUCGUUGUGUUCUGUUCUGCAAUUAAUACUUUUCUUCCCUUAUCGUUUAUAUUUUGCCAUCACACGGGCGUCUGUCCUAAUGUAACAUACGGUAUAUUAUUAUUAUCAUUACUCUCAUUUUUGUGUCCCGUUCACGUGUCUUCAUAUAAGGGUUUACAGUCGCUCUCACGGCCGUCUCCUGUCAGCAUUCCAAUUAUUGUUUCGCUUCUAACUCGUUUCCGCUGGUCUAUUCUCAGAGUGGGGUUCCGGAAGGGUAUAUAACACUAACUUAUCUAACGUUGUGUGCCAUAACUUUGUAAAAGACAUUAUUAUUUUUUAUACUAAACUUUUCAACAAUAAACUUUUUGCAUUUUUCUCA